GCGGGGCUGGCGGCGCGAGACGGCAGCAGCGGCGGCGGCGGCAGCGGCAGCACCACCUUCCGCAGAGCAGCGGCAGCAGCAGCAGCAGCGCAGCGCGGGGAGGCGCGGAGCCGCGGGAGCGCCAAUGCCCGGACCGACCCAAGCCCUGUCCCCAAAUGGCGAGAACAAUAACGACAUCAUCCAGGACAACGGCACCACCAUCAUCCCCUUCAGGAAGCACACGGUGCGGGGGGAGCGCUCCUACAGCUGGGGAAUGGCGGUCAACGUGUACUCUACCUCUAUAACCCAAGAGACUAUGAGCAGACAUGACAUCAUCGCAUGGGUUAAUGAUAUAUUAGCUUUAAACUACACAAAAGUUGAACAGCUCUGUUCAGGAGCAGCUUACUGCCAGUUCAUGGACAUGUUGUUCCCCGGGUGUAUUAGCUUGAAGAAGGUGAAGUUCCAGGCAAAGCUGGAACAUGAAUACAUUCACAACUUCAAGCUUCUGCAAGCAUCGUUUAAAAGAAUGAAUGUGGAUAAGGUAAUUCCAGUGGAAAAACUGGUCAAAGGACGCUUCCAAGACAACUUAGAUUUCAUUCAGUGGUUUAAGAAGUUCUUUGAUGCUAACUAUGAUGGGAAAGAGUAUGAUCCUGUGGAAGCUCGACAAGGCCAAGAUGCUCUUCCCCCACCAGAUCCUGGUGAACAAAUCUUUAAUCUGCCCAAAAAGUCCCACCAUGCAAACUCUCCUACUGCAGGUGCUGCUAAAUCCAGUCCAGCUUCUAAACCGGGAUCAACACCUUCUCGCCCAUCUUCAGCAAAAAAGGCUGCACCGAGCAGCUCAGCAUCCAAAUCAGAUAAAGAUUUGGAAACUCAAGUCAUACAGCUCAGUGAACAGGUACAUUCAUUAAAACUUGCACUUGAAGGAGUGGAGAAGGAAAGGGAUUUCUACUUUGGCAAAUUAAGGGAGAUUGAACUUCUCUGCCAAGAACACGGGGGAGAGAAUAAUGACCUUGUCCAUCGGCUAAUGGAAGUCCUCUAUGCUUCAGAAGAACACGAGAGCCACACAGAGGAGCAUGAAGGCGAAGAGCAGGUCCACGAACAGCCCCAGCAGCAGGAGGAGUACUGAUUCACGCAGCGUCUCUGACAAUUUUCAUUUUGUGUGAGAACUUUCUUCUGGAGAAUGGAACAUGUGUGGCCUCAAACUUGAAAUCAGUUCACUCCCAGUCUGCCAUUAACAUUUAUGUACCAUAGUGAGUGCCAGCCAACCACUGCAUUCUGUACCCAUACUUUGCCAAGAUGCGUUUGCAGAAGUCUUCUUUCAGUGUAUCCUCCCGAGAGGCUGUAGGGCUACAUCACCUACUGUACAUCACUGCAACUUUACCACUUGGCUGCUUGAGAUUUGUUCUGCUCUUUAAGAAAAUAUAUAUAUUUAUUUUUUUUUCUUUUUGUCUUAAGUAUGAUACACUUGUAACUUGUUCUAACAUAUUUAUAUUGGCAUUUUGUGUGGCAAGAAGUACCGUACCACUAGCUGUGUCUCUCACUUUUGUGGUGCUUUGGCAUUUUCUUGUACGUCUGCCCUGAGGCAUAAAUUUGGUCAAACAAUUGGAAUAAAGGGAUACAGUGGAAGUCAUGUUCAAGCCAUAACGAUGAGAUGUGUUGUGGAGGAAAAUGCUCGUGUUGCUCACGUUUGUUCCUUUCCUGCCUUUACCAAAUGGGAGGCAAGGCAUCUGUUUCACUAGGAGAGAUCUAAAACCUUGUGUUAGAAAGCUGCAUGGUAUGUUUU